AUGCCUUGGGUCCAAGCAGCUUUGGGCAAGACACAAGAAGUUGGUUGCAAUUUAGACCAGGACCCGUCGUUUGCAGAGCACUGUGGAACGAUUCUACCAGUCGUUCUUGCAUCCGUGUCCAAUAUGUAUGGUUGCUUGCGAGAGCGUGUGAUGCAUCCCAAUGAGCUGCUGCUGGCGCAGGGCAUCCCGGUGUACCCUGAUGUCGCAGCAGCAGCCGGUUUUGAAGAUGGGGUGCCUGUCAACUUCAAGGGUGUGAGCGAUGCUCAGAAGCGUCGCAUGGCUGGGAACUCGUUCCAGCAAGCAUGCUCGAAUGGAUUGAUGACAUUCGUGUUGGCAUCGAUGCACAAGAAGUGA